UGCUUUUGUAUUUGUUGCAGAUGUGGACGUGUUGCAGCGGUUGGCUCUGCGUGCUGAGCUCGGGUCUCGUGCCGUUCCCGCUGGCGUCAUCUCCCUCCGCUCAGGAGUCAUCCUCACCACACGGGCACGGGUCACCACACCCACACGCUCCCUGUUCCCACCAGAACUCUUCUGGAACUGCACUAUCAUCCUGAGCGUCCGAUCCCACCGCUUAAACUCAGCCUUUCUCUUCUCUGUCCUAUCUGGGAAUCGGAUUCAGCUCGGGUUGGAAAUUUCCCCUGGCAAGCUAACACUUCAUGCAGGCCCCGGGAAUGCUGCGACGUUCCCAUACAACCUUCACGAUGGACGCUGGCACCAUCUAGCCUUUGUUAUAAAUGGGCGAUCAGUGACCCUACACUCUCCCUGCUCGGAGAGUGACAGCGGAGUUACUCAGGAGCUCCCUGUACUUCCCGAACGCCUGAACCCUCGAGGAACCUUCCGCCUGGGGGGCAGCAGUGCUCUGCUUCCGGGUGUGGUGCCCUUUGAGGGGGCGGUUUGCCAGUUUGAUGUGGUGCCCUCAGCACAAGCACAGCAAAAUAUCUGCAGCGCCAUUCGCAGGCAGUGCAGAGAAAAUGACACCUACAGGCCGGCACCUCCUGCCCUGCUUCCACUCCCAUCUCGACACGCCCCACCACUACUGGCCCACACCUUACCACCUAAUCGCACUUUCACUUACACUCCCACUAAUUUCCUUUUGGCACCCGUGAAUGGCGCAGGAGGGUCUUCUUCUGUGAGAAUGAGUGAUGGUGUGCGACCCAAGCCUUCCUCCACCACACCUCCACCUCUUGCCUUGAUGCAAACAGGAAUUGAUGCUCCUUUAUCUUUAAGUUUGGUCACCCCCAAGCCUAGUCCUCGGACACCCAAGCCCACUGCCUCAAAACCUGGAGUCUGGCUUACCCCCACAAAACCAGCCAGACCAAAACCCACUCCAGGAAAAGCAUCUCCAAAACUUAACGUAUCUAAAUCUUUUGGACCAAAGCCCACAGCACGACUGGCUGCUUCCAAACUUGGUUCAAAGGCAAUUGGUCCCAAGCCUACACCAUUGAAACCCUCCAAACCUGUAAAGAAGCCGACAUCUGUGCCAAAGCCCAACCCUACGAAGAAUGCGUCUACUGGUCCCAGACCUACCAAUUCAAACAAGAAACAAAACGCCAUUCUGAAACCCUUGCCUGCCCCCAAACCGACUGUCCCCAAAAGACCCUCGCCAACCAACAAAAAGCCUCUCCAGCCCAAAAACAAAUCCCACACCACGCCGUUAACCCCCAAAUCCACCCUGGCUCCAAACUCUACAUCUAAAAAGCCCCUGCCGACCCUAAAAUCCACUUCGUUCACCACUGCUGCACCAAACAAACCCCCCAAAACUCUGGAAACCCCAAAAGUCAAUCCUGACAAGCCUAAAACGCCUGUGCCUUAUUCCACACCACGCACUCCAAGGUUCUCCAUACAAUCUGUGACUCUUCCGGCGUUUGACGAUUUCCAGAGCUUCGAAGUAGAGCCCACGCGCUUUUCACUUCUGGUUGGAGCACCAGGACUAAAAGGAGAUCAAGGGGAAUCGGUA